UUGGUUUUAAUAUUUUGUGAUAUUUGUCUUUCAGCUUUGGUUUCAAAACAUUCUGAUAUUUGUCUUCGAGUUUUGGUUUCAAUAUAUUUUGAUACUUGUCUUCAAGUUUUGGUUUUAAUAUAUUUUGAUAUUUGUUUUCAAGUUUUGGUUUUAAUACAUUUUCAUAUUUUUCUUCAAGUUUUGGUUUCAAUACAUUCUGAUAUUUGUCUUCAAGUUUUGGUUUUAAUACAUUUUGAUAUUUGUCUUCAAGUUUUGGUUUCAAGACAUUUUGAUAUUUGUCUUCAAGUUUUGGUUUCAAUACAUUUUGAUAUUUGUCUUCAAGUUUUGGUUUCAAUACAUUUUGAUAUUUGUCUUCAAGUUUUGGUUUCAAUACAUUUUGAUAUUUGUCUUCAAGUUUUGGUUUUAAUACAUUUUCAUAUUUGUCUUCAAGUUUUGGUUUUAAUACAUUCUGAUAUUUUUCUUCAAGUUUUGGUUUCAAUACAUUCUGAUAUUUAUCUUCAAGUUUUGGUUUUAAUAUUGUUUCAUAUUGAGUGUGUAGUAUAG